UUGCUUACCGACGGGCGUCCUGAAGAGUACCAGGGUUGGUUAAAAGGGAAGCGGCAAUAUUCAGCGAUCCCUGGGAUUGACUGGCUCAUUGACUUCGCGGAGGCCCAGAGAACUUGGUAUCGGAAUAUGCAGCCGUCAUGGCGCUGCGGUGGCGAUUUGGACUGGCCGCCGAAGCAUGCGAGAACGGAGGGGGAGAUAAACUGGGGUGGCAUGGUGAAAGGAGGUUUGAACGGGUUUUCUUUGGUGUUGGUUGGAAUGGUGUGGUGG